AUGUCCUUCCUUGCCAUGGAUCGAACUGGCCUUGCGAGAUUCGUGCAGUGCCUUCUCAAGAACAAGGGAUCGCCCGACGUUGCUCGUACGGUGGUGAUUUGGAAAAAGCAACUCCAUCACGCUUACAGCAUAGCAAUGUGCUCGUCUUGGCCAACAGCAGCUUGUGUGGAAGUUUCACGUUCAAUGUCGCAACUAGCCCAAAAAAUAUUUUUUGGUCGUCGUCGUCGAAGAGGUCGACCUCCGGAUCCAGUUUGGCUGGUGGCGACAUUGCGAAAUCUGGGAUUGGCAAGCUUGAUCAUGAAACUGGCACCCAAGGUGCAGUUGGCCAAGUCGAGCACAUUGCUCUAA